GUUAACGACCCGCCGCCCGUAGUUUGAAUCAGCAUGUCGGCGGCGCGGCAGACUGAGGCAGCAGGGCGAGACGCGCUGACCAAACUUGCUCAAGACUGAACCGGUUUCCUGCCACAAUCGACGACUCGCCGAGUUCAUCGCACCAUGGGGAUACGGCACGUUCUGCUGCUGCUCGUGUAUCUGGACCCGCUGAGCGUGCUGAACGCCGCGACGGGCGGAAAGAAACCCAAAGCCGUGUCGCCCAAGAAGCUCCCCAAAGCCACCGCCGCCCCCACGGCGCUCCCGCAGAAAACCCCGCAGCCGCCCGCCCCCAGCAACCACGACAUCUGCCUGGGCUACUACGACGUGAGCGGCCAGUACGACAAAAUGUUCGAGUGCAACAACACGGACCACCGCUACUGCUGCGGGACGUGCUACCUUCGCUUCUGCUGCGAGUACAAGAAGGACAGGCUCGAUCAGAAGGCGUGCACGAACUACCAAGAACCGGGCUGGGUGCAGACGGCUGCCCCGUCGCCCGUCCCGACCGGUGAGACGUACGACCCGAGCAUGGAUCAGACGAACACGGCGGUCUACAUCACGUGUGGGAUCAUAGCCUUCAUCAUAGUGCUGGGGGUGUCGGCCAAAGUGGCGUAUGACAAAGCCACAGAGCCGCCUCAGGAAAUGAACAUCCACAGGGCCCUCGCAGACAUUCUGAGGCAGCAGGGGCCAAUACCAAUAUCACAGUACGACUGUGAGAACUUUGCAGCGAUGAACGGUUCGCCCAAAGACAACACACCCAUCAGAACCUCGUCCAAGAACCACUACACACCUGUUCACACCUCCAAGUCCAACCACGGUCUCCACUACGGGAAGGAGAGCAUCCGCAGCAGCGGAGGUCCUGAGCUUCACAACUUCAUCUCCUCUGGGUUUGUGACAUUGGGCCGAGGCCAUCAGAAAGGAGAAAAACACGGGCCGGUGCGCUCCCAGAGUCACCAUGGUACCCAUCAGCACAACUUUAACCAUGUGGCUUUAGGUAGCCCCACACGCACACCCAAGAAUGCUCACCGAUCUUUGAGACGCGAAAACAAUCGGAUAAGCGGCAUCCUGACCUCGCAGACGGAACCCUACGACCUGUCUUUCUCACGCUCCUUCCAGAGCCUGUCUCACCUGCCGCCCUCCUACGAGGCGGCCGUCAAAGCUGACCUCAACCGAUUUUCGUCCCUGAAGAGACUCACGGAUAAAGAAGUGGAAGAUUACUACACUCGGAAGCGUCACCUGCCUGACCUGGCAGCGAGAGGCACUCUGCCGUUGCAUGUUCUCAAAAUAAGUCAAGAACAGCACCGGGAACAGCAGCAGCAGCUCCAGAACCAGCCCCCGCAGUCCUCCAUCUCACAGGUCCCUCCCCAAUCGCACUCCUCACAGCAGCAGUCCCAGCAAAGGCAAAGGCCCCGUCGGGUCCAGAGGGCCAUGUCCCAGGAUCGUGUCCUUUCACCGCAGCGGGCCCUGCACCAGGAUUACAACAUGUCUUCUAAUGGUAUGUCCCCGUACGGAGGUCGGAUCCUGUCAGAUGAACAGCUCCUGUCCGCCGAACGUCUUCGAUCCCAGGAACGUCUUUUGCCGCAGGACCGACACACUUCCCAAGACCGCCUGUAUUCCAAGGAUCGCAUGUACUCCAAGGACAGACUGCUGUCACAGGAACACCUCUACCCAAAAGACCGCCACUACUCACAAGAUCGUCUCUACUCACAAGACCGCCUGUAUUCACAAGACCGCCUCCUGUCCCAGGAUCCUCUGCUUUCACCAGAGAAGUUCAUGAUGUCGCUGAAGCGAGAUAUGGUGAGCAGCGUCUCCGGAGGAUUUCACGGCAGCGACAAGUCAAUGUCGCGAGCCAUCUCGCACACGGACGUGUUCAUACCAACCACACCUCUUAUGGAUCGCUACAAGAUGAAAAUGCACUCCCAUCCCAGUGCCUCUAACAACAGCAGUGCGGCACCAGGAGCAGGAGGUGCUGCGCACACCAACACUUUAGUCAUGAACCAGACAGUAUCUAAGAGGCAGGCGUUUGCCUCCAGACGGACCCACACUGUGGAGCAGCUCCAAUACAUCCCUCAGCACCACCAGCAGCAGCAACAACAGCCGCAGCACUACCGCACAGGUAGCAAGACUGAGGUGACUGUGUAGGAGCAGCCUACCUGGACUGCACCGCGGGGUGCGCGAAGCUGGGGGCUCGACCAGAGUCGGUGGGUACUCUGGCCUUUGAUUAGAGUAGGACGAUGGUGACUUUACAUCAUUUGACUGACCUUCCUGCAGGAGAAAGGAACAUCCACUUACUGUGAGAGACCGGAAUAACGAGCUACACUGUACACUGCAUCUGAAACCAGAAAAGGUUGUUUCAUGUGUGGACGGAUAGGUGUGGCAUCAUCCAGCUAACUAGCUGACUAUUAUUUCCGCUGUCUUGAUUUGACCACAGGCUACAGUCUCAUGCUGUGUAUGUUUUAGUGCGACAAAACCACUGACAUUUGUCUUUAAAGCUUUGCCAACCCCCUUUUCGUCCACCGAAAUUAAUCGAUGACCUUUUCUGGCAAAUUCUAAAAGGGCUUUGCAUGGUUAAACACAUGGACCGAGUCCCCCGUGACUUCUGUUGUGCAACAAAACGUCACCGCGGGUGAUGAACUCGGGUGAACCUGUGAUGACUUUAUAAAUAAGGAACUGAAAGAAAAGAAGCGUUUGUACACCCCGUCCUGCUCAGACAUAGAAUCUCGAUGAGAGAAAUCGAAAUGGAUGUUAUUAGCACUUUGAUUUGGUGCCUCUGACAGAUAGUCCAUUUCUUUAAAAAAAACAAAAAACAAAAAAAAAAACCAAAGUGGUUUUGUGGGUUACAAAGCACAAUCAAUUAAAAUCAAUUUUUGAUUAGUGACGGCGGGUUUUUUUCUUUGCUUCCAAUAGACGACUGUAAAUAAGCUAUUCUAGAAGCAGUAUUAUGGACACGUCUGUACUGGAUGGGAUUUGUAGACUGUCUGUUUUCAAUAGAUUCUUUAAAAAAAUAAAGUAUAAAUCACUGUUUUGUGAGUUCAGAAUAGAACCCCACUUAACCAAGUGUUUGAAAGGAUAAAUUAAUACUCUAAUGUGUGUCUUUGCGGAACUGAGAAAUGAAUGAAUGUGUUGUUAACAGAUAUAACGUUAAUAUUUGGAUGUAGAUUGUGUUUCAUUGACAUCGACGGAGUUUAACAUCACGGUAAUGGAUUAUAAUGCCUGUAAAGUUGGGUGAAAUAAACAUCCAUAUUUUUCUAAACAAA